GAGAAGCUAGUCAUUCCAAACUGCAGUGUAAACGGUGCUACAAACGCAAUGAGAUAACGUCCAAUAUCCAUUUAUUACUAUUGGCUUGUCUAAAUUGAUUCAAUACAGACCGACAGGGAACACAUCAAAUCUUGUUUGGCGCACCUCUGUGAUUUGCGGUGGGUCUUAAGGCAACAAAUGUCAUCAUUAUAUCGGCUGCUGCGACUGGAGUCGUUAUUGAAAAUGAUAAAGGAAACGUUGCUUUGGUAAUACGUUUUUGGUUCGGCGAAGAAGAAAUAAAAAACACUUGAAACUGUCAUUGCAAACGACGAAACGAGAAAUGAGCAUUAGCUGUAUAAUCGCCCUGCUUUUCUAAUUUGAAGAUAAACGUUAUAUCUAACCUCUAAAGGUGGAAUUUUAGUUAUUAAUGAGAUAUUAAACAAAUGCAAUUUUGAGAUUAUCUAGACUCCACACUCAUUUCCUCACCCAUCCUGUCAAGGUCCACUUCCACUAAUUGUAAAAAAACCUAGGAAUUGAAAUAAUAAUGUAAUACUAACAACAAUGCUAUGGUUACCCAGCUAAACCAGCUUCAUUAUAAGAUCAACGUGCUACCUGUCAUAUAUAUUUACUGAGACACCUCAACUGUCGAUGUUUUUAUUGGAGAAGAUAAGUCUUCUAAUCGUUAUAGUUUAGUUUGUACUUGCAAGCUCUUAAAAGACGUAACACACACGGCUUAACCGAAAGAAACUAGUCCCUCUCUUUAUACUGUUAUAAUGCAACCAAUCGUAGAUUUUUUUAAUUUAAAAACAACAUCACCAGCUGCAAGUGAUUGGAUAGGCCUGCAGUAUACAUUUCGUAAAAAUCUGUCAAAAAAUGCACAAAUAACAUAAUUUAUUUGGAACAUUUAUUAGAAUUAGAUUGAGAAGCUUCAAAGAGCUUUGUGAAAACAUUUGAUUUAUAUCAGAAAUGUCAUACUGAGAAAAUAUAUGAAAGUCCACUAAUUACAUUUACUGUCUUUAAACUACCUUUUUCGCCCCCAAGAGCACAUGACACCAACAUACCAGUCAAUAGAAAGAUCGGGAAACAUUGAAGAGAAAACUGCCCGGGAACUUUAGUAAUCUAAAGAUAUCUCGCAGUAAUGCUAUGACAUAAACACAUCCGACGACAUGAAGUAUUCUGCUGAAACCAUCGUUGAAGCUCUCACCGUUGUUUGCAUUUGCGUAAUUUCCAUUUUAGGAAAUGGCAGUCUUUUUAUUAUAGUCUACAAAAAAAGUGCGCUACACACCGUUUGUAAUUAUUACAUUCUUAGUCUGGCAACCGCUGACCUACUUGUCUCGACCAUCAGCGGGCCUGUGAUGGUAACUACAAUACUGAACGGUGAUUGGAUGUUGAGCGAUGACGCAUGCAAAGUGCUUGGAUUUAUCACGAUCAUAACUUUCAUUGCAUCCGUUGCAAACUUGGCGAUGAUUGCCAUCAACCGGUACUACUACAUCGUCCACUGGAAAAGCUACAAAAAUUGCUUCAACAACAAGCGCGCAGUGGCUUAUGGGGCCAUAGUGUGGCUAUUUGCGAUUUUACUCUCAACACCACCCCUUCUAGGUUGGGGUCAGUACGGCUAUGUCAAGGAGCAGUCGUUCUGUUUCGUCAUCUGGUCUGCAAACAUUUAUUACAUGUUCUUUACGGUUAUAAUCUGCUUCUUCGGGCCUCUUGGAACUAUGGUUUUCUGCUACUACAAGAUAUUGUCAUUCACAAAAGCACUUAAAGCCAGAUUGCAUAAAGACAGUGAAAAGAAUGAUGACGAAUCCCGUCCUAAAUCUUCCUUCAAGAACUCAAUGCGUGGGAUUUCACCUGCCGAGACCAAAAUCACCAACACCCUUCUCCUAGUCGUCGUGUGUUUUGUUAUGUCCUGGAGCGCAUUCGCUUUCACGAUCUUCCUAAACGUCUACCUCCCAGGCAAAGUGCCUCGAGGGAUCAACAAGUGGAGCUUGAUUCUAGGGUACCUGAACAGCAUGAUGAAUCCUGCUAUUUACGGGAUAAGAAACCCAACGUUCAAGGAUGGAUUUAGUGAAUUGUGGAAGUGUUUCCUUUGCGUCCCGUGUCGUGGCGAUGGUAUCUACGUGACUUCAGCUGCGACGACUUCAUCAGUGGAUGAUUCACAUGCUAUUCGUGACAUUGGAAAGCCACCGUUAUUUUCCAAGGCUAAGGUUACCCCAAAAUAGUUAAUUGAGGCCUGAAAUAGACGAUUUGGUAAAAUUUAUACAGAGAAUUGACGAACGGUCGCCGCAGUGGGGCACUACGCAAUCCGGUGAAACGCAAACAAGCAUUCAUACCAUCAUUGGUAAAAUCACUAAGGGACAUAGCACAAGCAUUAGCAUGGGUGCCGCAAAGAAGUAAUUACAUACAUUGAUGAGUGUCGUUUUGCUAGCAACGAGACGCAAAACGACAAAGCGCUCCAUUAUCUUGCCAAUAAAACGCACACGGGAACGAGCUGUCGGUGACAUCUUUUUGUUAAUCUACAUAAUAAAAAAUAUGCCCUGUGGCAGAAUCCUUGCCGGCUCUAUUCCGCGGGUCUCCGAAGAAAGGGGGGAUGGGGAAGGGAGGGGAUGUGGCGUUGGGCAGCAUCUAAAUGAAAUCAUCAUAUAUACUAAUAGAUUGCUUUGUCCCCGAGCUCUAGGAUUUUACACCCAAAGUAAUGUCUGAUGUCUUGUUCGUGUUGAAUAAACCACGUAUUUCUACUUCA